AUGGACGAGACAAUGAGUGACGCCCACGACUCGCAUGAGAUGGACGACCAGGAGCAGGUCGAACAGAAGAUCAUCAACGAAGAGUACAAGAUAUGGAAGAAGAACUCUGUAUUUCUCUAUGACAUGCUGUACGGCCGCGCGCUCGAGUGGCCAACCCUCACCACCCAAUGGCUUCCCGACAAGAAGCCAGUCGAAGGCACAAACAUGAGCCAGCACCGCGUUAUCCUCGGCACCCACACCUCGAACCAAGCGCAAAACUACCUCCAGAUCGCCCACUGCGAGAUACCUGACUUUCGCGAGCCCGACCUGUCAGAGCUGAAUGAAGAGCGGGGAGAGAUUGGUGGACACGGCAAUGCCAAGCGGCCUUUCGACUUCAAGAUUGUACAAAAGAUCAACCACCCAGGCGAGGUCAACAAGGCGCGAUACCAGCCCCAAAACCCAGACAUAAUAGCAUCUCUAUGCGUAGACGGCAAAGUCCUUGUAUUCGACCGAACUAAACACCCCCUCCAACCCAAAGACGACUCAAUUAAGUUCGAAGCUGAGCUCGUCGGCCACAGCAAAGAAGGUUUCGGUCUAAGCUGGAGCCCCCUCAAAGAAGGCCACUUGGUAACCGGAAACGAAGACACCACAGUUAAGACCUGGGAUCUCAAAUCCGGCUUCUCAAAGAGCAACAAAACCCUCAGCCCCACGGCCACCUACACCGUCCAUAGCGCAACCGUAAACGACGUCCAAUACCACCCCAUCCACAACUUCCUCAUUGGCACCGCCUCGGACGACCUCACCUGGCAAAUCAUUGACACCCGCAUGGAGACCCACAAGAAAGCCCUCUACAGAAAAGAAGCCCACGAAGACGCCGUAAACUGCAUCUCCUUCCAUCCAGAAUUCGAAAGCACGUUUGCUACGGGCUCUGCGGACAAAACAGUCGGUAUCUGGGACUUGCGAAACUUUGACAAGAAGCUGCAUAGCCUUCAGAGCCACCGUUCCGACGUCAUCGGCCUCCAGUGGCACCCGCAGGACGCUGCUAUCCUCGCGAGUUCCAGCUACGAUCGCCGUAUUUGUCUCUGGGAUCUCAGCAAGAUUGGAUCUGAGCAGACGGAGGAAGAGGCCGAGGAUGGACCGCCUGAGCUAUUGUUCAUGCACGGCGGUUUCACAAACAGGAUCUGUGACUUUGAUUGGAAUAAGAAUGACCCUUGGCUUAUGAUGGGUGCGGCGGAGGAUAACCAGUUGCAGAUUUUCCGGCCCUCGAGGAAGCUUGUGGAGCCGCUGAAGAAGAGUGUGAAUCAUGGGGAGGUGUCGGAUUGA